CAAUUCAGGCAGAAGGACUGCCAAAUUAAUUCACUCUGUUGUUUCUGACUCUAUGACGUCACAAAUUCUAUGCUACAAGUGACAACAACAAAAGGGUUGCAACGAUUGCUUUAGUAGGCACUUCCUUGUAAAGGUAGAAAUGAAUUAUUUGUGAUAAAAACGUGAACAGAAAAAUGCUUUCAAAUGACCUGGUUUAUGAAAUAUGCAAGAUCAGCUUGAUGCCUCGUUGAGACGCUUUUACCAAGCGCCAGUGUUUAAGUAUAGUUCCUGUAAUAAUACAAACACAUUUGACCAAGGGGAUAAUAGCAUUAAUAUGAAACCCAAAAACGGUAUUCAAGGCUACAGAAAGUUGCCACAUGUUGAAGAUGACUUAGAUGCUGAAGAGACUCAUGUGAAGCAAAUAAAACCCCGGAAGUGCUGUUCAACUCGCUCAUGCGUUCUCCUUACUGUAUGGAUUGUUUUGUUUGUCUGUGGUGUACUAGGAUUGACUAUCUUCGUUCUUCAAGCUAUCUACACAGGAAAAGAAAAAGGUGAACACCAUCAUCGCUAUAUUAAAUACAAUGAAUUCGAAAACACGACUCUAAAAGAGACUGUUGCCCCUUGCGAUGAUUUUGAAAUCACUAAAGUUUGGCAUAAAACAUUUGAAAAGCUUCAAACUGAAACAGCGGUCAGAUUCAUCGACGUGAAUUCGGAUGGGAUCAAUGAUCCAAUUAUUGCGUUUGGUACUGGUGUGGAUGGGUACCAUGUAAAACGUGAAGUGUGCGACCUUUAUUUCAAUAGAACCUAUCCAUGCUUUGGAGGUGCUUUAGCGCUUGACGGAGUCACUGGUCAUGAGUUAUGGAGGCACUACUCUGGUCAUGAGUUAUACGCUGUUAAUUGCAAUGGGGAUAUAAAUGAAGAUGGAGUUCCUGAUUGCCUUAUUGGUGGCAGGGGUGGGAUGUUUGAUGCUGUUAGUGGCAAAGAUGGCAAGUUGCUUUGGGCGUUUUGGGACCAGCAUGUACGAAGUGACGUCAUGAACCUAUAUACGGCACAGUUCAUUAAAGAUCUCAAUAAUGACGGUGUGGCUGAUGUGCUUCAAAUUCACGGUGGUGACCCCCUGGCGGAUGCGUACAGCGAAACGAGGCUUAUUGGUCGUAUCUUGAUAUUUUCGGGGCGAUCAGGAAGAAUCCUAAGAUGGGUUGAAACACCAGAUAAAAAGGAGAGCUACUUUUCGCCUCUGAUUUAUACUCUAAAAAAUGGAACAGACAUUGUAAUUUUCGGAACCGGUGGCGAGACUCAUGGUGGAAGUCUGUAUGUUAUAAAAUUGACUGAUUUGUAUUAUGGGAAAAUACACAACGCCUUGGCAAUUUACACUGACAAGCAAAAAGGUGUUAUGAAUCCGCCUAUGUUGAUCGAUCUGACAAAAGACGGUACUGUUGACAUCGUGUCAGCAUUUUUCAACUCAACAGUUGCUGCUUUCGAUGGUGAAACGUUUAAAUCAAUCUGGUCUUACAGCGUGGAAAAUUCUGAAUCGUAUUCGAUUCCAGCUGCUGGGUUUUUCAAUGAAGACAAUACCAUCGAUUUCUUGGCGAGAUUCAACGUUGGAAAAGGAUUUCCAGUUUAUUAUCAUUCACUCUUGAUGGUAUUAGACGGAAAGUCAGGUAAACCUAAACUCAAAAAGCCUUACAAGACUUCGGCAGCUGCAAAUUCCUCACCCCUGACGAUAAGCAUGGAAGGCAUUGGCAACGAUUUGUUUCUUUACUGGUCUGUUGACUGUAUGGGUCACGAAGGAGAAGGUGGUGAGUUUGAUUUUGUGAAGGGAACAAAUGUACAUGAGCAAAGUCGAGCAGAUACAUGCAUGCUUCGCUUCAAUAAGAAGGGUUUUAGUCGACUGCACGUGAUGAACAAGAAAACACAGUUUCCUGGAACAACAAUCUACGAUUCAACGAAAUAUCAUGACUUAGAAAUGUCACAAUUCAUUGAGAAAUCGAACGCUGAGGUUGUUCGUCAUCGAUCCUCGCGCCAUAUCGGGGUUCCUGAUCACGGGGGUAUUCAGCGACUGAUCUCAACGCCGGGGCUCACAGAUGCCCUUCGCUCAAAGCUAGACCGAUUUGCACGCACAGACUCCAUUGAUGUUGUGUUUCCAGUUUAUUGGAUAUACCCUGCAAAAACAAGAAUAUUAACUCCGAAAGAUGAGAAAUGUAUCAGUGAAUACAGAAAGAAUCACCCUGGGAGCAAAGGUUCCAGCGAUCAUAACACUUUGCACGAUGGAUUUUAUGAUGCUGGCGACGAAGCAGUCAACUUUUGUUUGAAGGACAGAGCUGUUGGUAAAGAUCGAUUUUACCAAAGCCAAACGACUUACGAUGCACGUCGACUCCUAUUCGGAACACUUACUGUAUAUCGAUUCAAUAUAAAAUGUGUUUGUAAAAACCUGCGAGCUGGUCAGAAAUGUGCCAAAAUGCUG